AUGUAUCCUGAGAAGUAUGAGGAGAAGUCGCUGCAUGAGCACAUAUUGCUCCGUCCAGACGCUUACAUAGGAUCGAUUAAGGAGCACAACCAGCCGCUAUGGAUCUUUGAUGAGAUACUAUUAAAUGCGGCCAACAAUAAACGUAGAGAUCCCUCCAUGGAUUCUAUCACAGUGAAGAUCGAUGCUGUCAAGAAAAGCAUCAGUGUCCGUAACAACGGAAACGGAGUUCCCGUCGUGAAGCAUGUGGAGAAAAAUGUUUAUAUCCCUCAGGUGGUUUUUGGUCAUCACUUGACCAGUAGUCACUUCGAUGACAAUACCACUGGUGGCAGAAUCGGAUAUGGCGCCAAGCUCACCAACAUAUUCUCCGCUAAAUUCACCAUCGAAACUGCUGAUGGGAAGAAUAAAUUCAAGCAGGUCUUCAAAGAAAACAUGGCAAUAUCGUCUACUCCCAUUGUGACCCCAUGUCAAUCCACUAAUAAAUGGACACAAGUUACUUUCAACCUGACCUGA